GUCAUCUGCUCUUUGUGUAUCUAAUAUAUAUAUAACUUUGUGUCAACUUUAUAAUAUAUUUAUUUAUGUUUAUAUUAUAAGAUGAGUAAAUUAAAUAGAACAGAUACAAAUAGUAGGAAGGUCAAGAAUGGAUCAUUACGAUCGAUUUUCAUGCAUGCUGAUGGUGCUGAUAUGGUGUUGAUGACUCUUGGAUUUUUGGGUGCGGUCGGAGAUGGAAUUUCGAUGCCGACUAUGUUACUUAUCACUAGUAAAAUCAUGAAUAAUAUUGGUGAUUCAUCUUCUUUAUCCAUGGAUAUCUUCAUUGACAAAAUGAACCAGAAUGCUGUAAAUCUUUGCUACAUGGCUAUUGGGAUAUGGGUUGCCUGUUUUCUAGAGGGAUAUUGUUGGGCAAGAACGGCAGAGAGGCAGGCAUCAAGAUUGAGAUCAAGGUACUUAAAAGCAGUUUUAAGGCAAGAAGUAGCGUAUUUCGAUUUAAAUGUCACAAGCACAGCCGAAAUCAUUACUAGUGUAUCUAGUGAUAGCCUUGUUAUUCAAGAAUUUAUUAGCGAAAAGGUGCCAAUGUUCUUGAUGAAUAUGUCAAUAUUUGGUGGGGCAUAUAUUGUAGCAUUUAUAUUACUAUGGAGGCUAGCAAUCGUUGGCCUUCCUUUUAUUUUUCUUUUGGUUAUACCUGGUUUAAUCUAUGGAAAAGUUUUAAUAAGCUUAUCAAGAAAGAUUAGGGAGGAAUAUAACAAGGCUGGUAAUGUGGUCGAACAAGCCAUUUCUUCGAUUAGGACGGUUUAUUCGUUUGUGGGCGAAAAUAAGGCUAUAACAGAGUACUCUGCUGCCCUUCAAGGCACUGUGAAGUUGGGUUUAAAGCAAGGUUUGGCUAAAGGAGUGGCAAUUGGAAGCAAUGGUGUGGUUUUCGCCGUAUGGUCUUUCUUGUCUUGGUACGGUAGUCGGUUGGUGAUGUAUCAUGGGGCUAGCGGAGGGACCGUGUUUGCUGUUGGGGCCGCAAUCGCCAUCGGUGGACUAUCGCUCGGUUCUGGGUUGUCAAACGUGAAGUACUUUUCCGAUGCAAUGGCUGCAAGCGAACGUAUAAGGGAAGUGAUCAAAAGGGUUCCUGAAAUCGAUUCAGAUAACAUGGAAGGGGAGAUGUUACAAGAAGUAUGUGGGGAUGUGGAAUUUAAGCAUGUGAGUUUUGCUUACCCAUCAAGGCCAGAAUCAGUGAUAUUCAAAGACUUUAACUUAAAGGUUCCAGCCGGGUUGACCGUGGCAUUGGUUGGUGGAAGCGGGUCGGGUAAAUCAACAGUGAUUGCGUUGUUGCAAAGGUUUUAUGAUCCCCAAGGAGGUGAUAUUUGUGUAGAUGGGGUGAAAAUCGAUAAGCUUCAACUAAAAUGGCUAAGAUCGCAAAUGGGUUUGGUAAGUCAAGAGCCUGCUCUAUUCGCGACGACUAUAAAAGAGAACAUACUUUUCGGUAAGGAAGAUGCCACUAUGGAAGAAGUCAUUGAGGCUGCAAAAGCUUCAAAUGCACAUAACUUCAUCUCUCAACUGCCUCAGGCUUAUGACACUCAAGUUGGUGAAAGAGGAGUCCAAAUGUCAGGUGGACAAAAACAAAGAAUUGCGAUUGCUCGCGCAAUAAUCAAGUCGCCUCGUAUCCUUCUUUUGGACGAGGCAACAAGUGCACUCGAUACAGAAUCAGAACGAGUGGUUCAGGAAGCCCUGGACCACGCAGCUGUUGGUAGAACCACUAUUGUCAUUGCUCACCGUCUCUCGACUAUUAGAAGUGCAGACAUAAUAGUUGUGGUCCAAGAUGGUCAAGUAGUCGAGUCUGGGUCCCAUGACGACCUCAUUCAAGUUGAAAAUGGGUUAUAUACAUCACUCGUUCGCCUCCAGGAAACUAAAAAAAAUGAUGAACCACCCAUUAACCCAUAUCUGGCUGGACCAUCUUCAGUUAGCUCAACAUUUGAUGUCCACAACACGAGUAGUCGUAAGCUGUCAUUGGUAAGCCGGUCAAGCUCUGCUAGCUCAUUUAACCGCUGUGCAGUUGAGAACUUGACUCUGCAGGCUAACCAAGAAUUUCCUGUGCCGUCUUUUAAGCGACUUUUGGCAAUGAACAGUCCUGAAUGGAAGGAGGCGUUGUUAGGGAGUGUGAGCGCGGUACUAUUUGGUGCAAUUCAACCACUAUAUGCUUUUGCAUUAGGGUCAAUGAUAUCUGUGUAUUUUUUGCCAGAUCAUGAUGAUAUCAAGCAUAAAACUAUGAUAUAUGCGUUGUGUUUUGUUGGUUUGGCAGUUUUCUCAAUGGUAAUCAAUAUCAUUCAACAUUAUAACUUUGCAGCCAUGGGCGAACAGUUAACAAAAAGAGUCCGUGAAAGGAUGUUGUCAAAGAUACUCACCUUUGAAAUAGGGUGGUUUGAUCAGGAUGAAAAUUCAAGUGGAGCCAUUUGUUCAAGACUCGCGAAAGAUGCCAAUGUGGUGAGAUCAUUGGUGGGUGAUCGGAGUGCUCUUCUUAUUCAAACAUUCUCAGCUGUGAUUAUUGCCUGCACGAUGGGAUUGGUAAUUGCUUGGAGACUGGCAUUGGUGAUGAUUGCGGUUCAGCCACUUAUAAUCGUUUGCUUCUAUUGCAAACGGGUUUUGUUAAAGAACAUGUCACAAAAAGCCAUGAAGUCACAAGAUGAAAGCAGCAAGUUAGCAGCCGAAGCUGUUUCAAAUCUACGCACUGUCACUGCCUUUUCGUCUCAAACACGAAUCCUCAAAAUGUUGGAAGAGACCCAAAAAGCACCAAUGCGUGAAAGCAUCAAGCAAGCUUGGUAUGCUGGAAUCGGGCUUGGGUUUUCUCAAAGCCUUAUGGCUUGUACUUGGGCUCUAGACUUUUGGUAUGGUGGGAAGUUGAUUAGUGAAGGUCAUUUGGGGUCAAAAGCGCUUUUCCAAACAUUUAUGAUCUUAGUAAGCACGGGCAGGGUCAUUGCGGAUGCAGGGACCAUGACAAAUGAUCUAGCUAAAGGAUCUGAUGCAGUGCAGUCUGUGUUUGCGGUGUUGGACCGUUACACCUUGAUAGAGCCCGAGGACCCUGAUGGUAAAAAGCCUGAGAUCAUUACGGGCCAUAUAGAGAUACGUGAUGUCGACUUUGCAUACCCUGCACGUCCUGACGUCAUGAUAUUUAAGGGGUUCUCCAUCAAUAUUCAAGCUGGGAAAUCAACUGCAUUGGUUGGACAAAGUGGGUCAGGGAAAUCAACCAUAAUUGGGUUAAUCGAGCGUUUUUAUGAUCCAAUGAAAGGCGUGGUGAAAGUUGAUGGAAGAGAUAUAAGGUCAUACCAUUUAAGAACUCUAAGGAAAUACAUUGCACUUGUGAGUCAAGAGCCAGCAUUAUUCGCUGGUACUAUACGUCAAAACAUUAUCUACGGGGCAUCUGCAGAAAUUAGUGAAUCAGAGAUCAUAGGGGCUGCAAAAGCGGCCAAUGCUCAUGAUUUUAUAGCUGUUUUAAAAGAUGGGUAUGACACAUGGUGUGGUGAUCGCGGAGUACAACUCUCUGGUGGACAAAAGCAACGCAUUGCCAUAGCCCGUGCCAUACUUAAAAACCCCACUGUUUUGUUACUAGACGAAGCCACUAGUGCGUUAGAUAGUCAAUCAGAAAAAGUAGUACAAGAUGCACUUGAGAGAAUGAUGGUGGGACGGACAAGUGUGGUCGUGGCACAUAGGCUGAGUACCAUUCAAAGCUGUGACACAAUUGCGGUUUUGGAGAAGGGGAAAGUGGUAGAGAAAGGAAACCAUGGUUCAUUGUUAGCCAAAGGGCCAAGUGGAGCUUACUACUCACUUGUUAGUCUUCAAAAACCUACUUCUACUAAUUAACCAUUCUAUCAACUAAAAGUCCGGUGGAAAACUUCAAGCUUUUAACUUACACGAUCACAAUUGUAUUUAUAUCGAAGUUGUAUAAAUAUCAUUAAAGUAUCUUAGAUAUAUACGAGUUAUAUAUAUAUAUUUAUAUAUAUAUAUAUAUAUAUAUAUUUCUUUUUUGGCAA